UGAUUAGUAUCUAUUAAACGUGUUUUGCUAUUGUAUUUAAUUCGUUUAGUAUUAUUUAUUAAAAUUUGUAUAGAAUUAAAAUAUGAGGUACAGUGCAUUAAAAGGGUUUUAUGAUGUGGAGAGGACCAUCGGCUGUGGAGGCUUUGCUAAAGUCAAACUUGCAACUCACAUAGCAACAGGUGAGAAGGUUGCUAUUAAGAUCAUGGAGAAGUCAGUAUUAAAAGAUGACUUGCCUCGGGUGAAAUUGGAGUUGAAGGCUUUGAAAACAUUAUCACAUUCUCAUAUAUGUAAACUAUAUCAGGUGAUUGAAACUGAUACUCAUUUUUUCUUGAUCGUUGAGUACUGCUCAGGGGGAGAAUUAUUUGAUCAUAUAGUGGAGAAGAAUCGGUUGACAGAAACUGAAAGUCGCAUAUUUUUUAGACAAAUUGUAUCUGCUGUAGCUUAUUUACAUAGUUUUGGUUAUGCACAUAGGGAUUUAAAACCUGAGAAUGUUUUGUUAGAUUAUGCUCAGAAUUUGAAACUGAUUGAUUUUGGUUUAUGUGCAAGACCUGAUGGAGGAAUGACUAGUCCAUUAUUCACAUCCUGUGGUUCACCCACUUAUGCUGCUCCUGAGUUGGUCCUUGGUAAACAAUAUUUAGGUCCAGAAGUUGAUGUAUGGGCUAUGGGUGUAUUAUUGUAUGCACUAUUAGCUGGCUUUCUGCCAUUUGAUGAUCAAAAUAUAGAUAGUUUAUAUAAGAAAAUUUUGAGCGGAAAGUACGAAGAGCCUGCGUUUAUGUCUUCUUCAAGUAAAAAGUUGAUUAGACAAAUGCUGCAAGUUGAUCCGAAGAAUAGGAUAACCGUGAACGAGUUGCUCUCGCACCAUUGGUUAACACUAGGAAUUUUAGACCCAGUAAAGAUAAAGAGUGAUGAUCCUCACAGUCAGGAUAAUGAUGUAAUAAGUUUGAUGUCCCAGUACCACGGUACGACCGACGACGAUAUGUGGAAGCAUUUGAAACGGUGGCGAUACGAUUAUGACACAGCAACUUACUUCCUACUUUUGGCUAGAAAGAAUCGCGGUCUACCUUUGAAAAUAAGCACUGGCGCAAUGAAGAUGCCAAUCAGAGUUAAAUCGGCAGAAACAAUACAAAUUGGUAAUGAGCUUAUUAACAAUAUGAGCAAGUCGAAUACACUGAAGCCCAUCAAUCGUAUCGACAAUAUAAAUGAUACACCUACUAAGCCGUUAAUAAAAUAUCAAUUUGCUAAGGUUGAUACCCAAUUGAGCACUCCGAAGAAGUCGUUUGACUUCGAGUACGUGACUACUCCGAAGAAUUCGAACCUACUGAGCCCCGACAACUUUUUGGAGCCCAGGAAACCGGGCAGCAUAAGGAAACCACAGAAGAGGAUUCGAAGUCCCAACUUGAAUGGAGACUGUUCGCCCGUUCCCAUAAAAAAGACGGCUGCCUAUAUAUCAGAUCCCAGGACUCCUGAAAUAAAGACGCCUGGAAAUCAUGAAGGAUCAGGUUCGGUUUCGGCUAGGAAAGUCCUUGGAAGCAUCGAGAGGUCUCUUCACAAAGUGAGACAUGUCCUGACACCCAGAAAACCAUCGGAUUCAUCUGGAGGACCGAUGGUGCUCACCAACAAGGAUUUAUGUAACGUAUCGACGACCCAGUGCACCGAUCCAGAGUACGUUAUCACUGAGCUGACGAAGGCAUUGCAGAAGAAAGGAAUACAAUGUGAAAGGAAGAAAGGGUUUACCAUUAGGGGUAAGAUGGAGCCGAACGCGAUGCAACGCGUCGGGGGUGGUUGUUCUUUCGAGCUAGAUAUAUGCUAUUUGCCUGCGAUGGGGCCGCGGCCGAGCCAGAAGGGCAGUACGCCGACGAAGCUUCCAAAAGUGGAUACCACGACUCCUAACAAGUACAAGACCAAGUCGGGGAAUAGUGUGGACUUUGCCAUACAAAAAGUCACCGUCACCAAUAUGGUAGGAAUAAGGAGGAAGCGUCUCAAGGGAGACUCCUGGUGUUACAAGAAGGUCUGCGAGCAAGUUCUCGCUCUCACCUCGACGGAACUGAAGAAAGAGUCCGAUGUCUGAGUGCCACGAAAAUUACUUUAUUUAUUUAUAUUUUUUAUAUAUAUUUUUCAUUACAGGUAUAUUUUAUUUUUCUAGCGUGUUUUAUGCGCGUAUGAUUGUCCUCUUUUAAUUCAAUUUAAU